ACGUCAUCAGCCAACGCCGCUAAAUUUCAUAGACUUCGGAUUUAUUUCCACCUGUAUUUACUGAGUAUUCAAAAGCAGCAAGAUCAUGACGUGUCGACCAGCGGCUUCGUGCCAUCUUCGUUACGAAUUUGGUGCUUUUCCUCAACCUGAAGGACAGGAGGAGAUGAAAUGUGCCGCGUCUUCCGAAGUGGAUAUGAUCCUAGAACAAUCAGUGUGUGUACAGGACUCUGCGCAGUGUACGUACUUUUGCGUAAUCCAGUUUCCGCCUGCGGGUUAUUGCGGUAUUCAAGAGCGCGAAUGGGGUGAAAAAAUAGCAAUUUUUUCGGUCUGGGAUCAACGCGAAGGGGAUGUCGAGGUAGAGGAGGCAGGCCCGAGGGUGAUAUCAGAGCCGUUUGGAGGCGAAGGGACUGGACAAAAACUCUGGCGACCUUUUGAUUGGAAGAAUGGGCAAGAAGUGACAUUUCGUGUCCAUGUGCGACGAAAAAGCCCAAAUGCCUUGUGGCAGAUUGCUUGCUUUGUUACCUAUGAAGAGGAGGAGGAAAUACAAGGCAAAAACAGAAUAAUGAAAACUAAAAGUUUUUGUAUGGGAUCUCUUCGCGUGAAGGCGACGGCUGCUGCGGUAACGGAUAUGCUCUCGUUUGUCGAAGACUAUGACCGCAGACAGGAAGCCAGAGGACUCUUUAUGUGUCGGAAAGCGCUGUUUGGGGGUCAGCCGCAAUGGCUUUGCAGAAUGCCUACUACUGGUUUUGAUGCGCGUCCACUAAAGAAGAUCCGUUUCACCAAAGUAACCCAUGGCGCAGAACAGGAGGGAGCUGAAACAAGGUGUAAAGGGUGCAAACAAGAGUGUGAGCAACAGACAGUAGGGUGGAACAAUAAUGAUGAGAGCGGUGAAGGUGACGCAAAUUCUUCUUCGACAGCAGGGACAUCUAACACUACAGGCACGAAAAGCCCCUCGCGUAGCUCGAGCGGUUCGAAAGAUUCGAUCGUCUCAUGUCUGCCCAUUGAAGCGCUUGCAAGCGUAGCGGCAUCACCACUCCGAUUUUUUUCGUUUGUAUCCGCGUCCGAUGCCGAAGAGCAAGGUACAGUGGGGAAGCAGUACGACGAAGCAAAUGAUCUCGCUAGUAAGAAAGAUAUUCAAGCAGUCAGACAGAAAAGAACGCAGACGCAAGUCCAAGGUUUUAUUCUACAGACCGGUGGUCAACAAGCCUUCCAAGAAGUGACAGUCAACCACGCCGCGCUGACACCCUUCAUUUAGGGAAUAAUGCGCUGCUGAAUUUGCAAAGGCUUGUGCGAGCAAGAGAAUAUUGCUCACUCUAUAUUUUGUUGAUUCGAUGAUGCCUCCGACAGAAGGG